AAAUUUAAAAGCGUCGACUGUGCUUACCCACUGUGUUUCGGACUCUCAUUUCUUGCUUCAUCAACAAUGGCAGGUCCUCAAUGCUACGCAAACCCACCAAUCUUGGACCCAAACAGUGGCACAGGCCAUGUUGAUAAGCUCGGCGGCCUUGAUACCUAUCUCGUCGGCUCUCCAGCGUCUAGCCGCGCAAUUGUUUUUGUUUCCGAUGUUUAUGGGUUUGGGGCUCCAAACUUGAGAAAACUUGCAGACAAGGUUGCAGCAGCUGGAUAUUAUGCAGCAGUUCCUGACUUCUUCCAUGGAGAACCGUUUGUGCUUGGGAAACCUGAUCGACCUCAACCUGUUUGGUUAGAAGAUCAUAGACCAGAGAAAGGAAUCGAGGAUGCGAAGCCACUAAUUGAAGCUCUUAGAAGCAAAGGUAUAUCUGCAAUUGGGGCUGUUGGCAUCUGUUGGGGUGCUAAAACUGUGGUUGCGCUGGGAACAUAUGAGCUUAUUCAAGCGGCUGUUUUGUUACAUCCUUCUUAUGUUACCCUGGAUGAGGUGAAAGGGAUUACGGUUCCGAUUGCUGUAUUAGGGGCUGAAAUGGAUCAUAUCUCUCCACCCGAACUCUUGAAUCAGUAUGGAGAGAUCUUGGCUGCGAAAUGUGAGAUUGAUAGCUUUGUGAAGAUAUUUCCAAAUGUUGCGCAUGGCUGGACUGUGAAGUACAAGGUUGAAGAUGCAGAAGCAGUGAGACGUGCAGAUGAGGCCCAUCAAAACAUGCUGGAGUGGUUUGCCAAGUACGUCAAAUGAUGGAUGGUGGAAAUCUUGGUAACAUUUUACAACUUAGUUCAAUAAUCUUAAAUGGGUAAUGUGAGAACAAUACUCAAAGUUUUAUCAUGUCAUGUACCAUGAGAAGGAAAAACAUGAAGUGAAAUGAUCAAAUUAUUGUGCUUUCUAGUCGUUCAUUUGCAGGAAGUUACGUAAAACUGUUGUUAGUUCAAGAGAUAUUUUGAAGCUAUGAAUGGUAUAUCUAUCAUUAUAUCCUAUGAAAUGAA